AUUUGAGGAUGGGGAAUAAAAAAGAAGCCGGAGGAGUCAGAAGUUUUGUCGGUGGAGGUUUUGGAGGAGUAUGUUGUGUCAUAUCAGGGCAACCCUUCGACACCAUCAAGGUUCGAAUGCAGAAUCAAACAGGUGGAGCACUCUAUAAGGGAACUACUGACUGUGUUGUUAAAACCGUAAAAAACGAAGGGUUAUUCGCACUCUACAAAGGUAUGGCAGCUCCUCUCGUCGGAGUGGUCCCCAUAUUUGCGUUUAACUUUCUCGGAUACUCACACGGCAAAUCCCUCCAACUCAUGAACAAUCCUAAUAAACACUUGACCCCAAUUAACCACGCUUUGGCUGGAUCGCUCGGUGGACUGUACAUGACGGUACUUAUUGCCCCCGGUGAACGAAUCAAAUGUCUUCUUCAGAUUCAGACGACAGGUAAAGCUAAGUACUCCGGACCAAUGGACGUGAUAAAGCAGACGUACAGAGAGAGUGGUAUGAGAGGCAUUAUGAGGGGAACCUUUAUAACUGCUUUCAGAGAUAUGCCGGCGUCUGGAUGCUACUUCGGAACAUACGAGGCAACCAAGUGUUACUUCAGGAGUCAGAACGGAAGUGAUGACCUCACUUUCUUCCAAGUUUUAUUGGCUGGAGGAUUUGCUGGAUGGGCUAAUUGGGCUUGGGCUAUCCCUCCUGAUGUUGUUAAAACUAGAUAUCAGACAGCACCAGAAGGAAAAUACAAGCGUGCACUUAGUGUAGUACCAGAACUGUAUGCGACAGAAGGCGUCCGUGGUUUCUUCAAGGGACUCGCUCCAAUAGCGCUUCGAGCUUGGCCUGCCAAUGCUUGCUGCAUGUUGGGAUACGAGUUGGCUCUCAAGGCAAUGAACGCUGUCGUUCCUUUAGAGGAAUACUAGUUGAAGACUACAAAAUAUAACUAGAUUAAUAGAAUAUCGAUGAGUUUUUUCAUUGUCACCAGAUAUAAUAGUAGCGUGAUUAAUGUUUAAUUUGUUUAUAUUGUGAAUGUUUGGAUUAAGAAGGGUUAACGAAAUUUUGUUUGUAAGCUUAUGUAGGAGACUGCCUAAAAGUAGAUAUUUAGCAGCCAUUUAACUGCACCAAACAUUGCAAAUACAGAUAUACAGUAUACACUGUACAUAAAUCAUUUAGAUUUAUAAGUAAUUAGACUGUCUGCAUUAGACAAAGGAAUGUUGCUCACUUACCUUUUAUUAUGUUUUUGGUAUUGAAUACCUUGAAUAUCCCAUUUUUAUGACAAAUGAAGUUUGUAUAUAGUAGUGGUGGGUACUUAAUCAUAGUUUAAACUAGAUGGAGAGAUGUGUUUACCGGACUGGACACAUAAUUAAACGUAAUUAAGCUGAUGUAAAUUAUAUUGUGCCGCCAGUCCGAUUGAUAAUAUUGUGUCCUGGAUAUAAAUUCGAUUUUUACGUGAA